AUGGCUUCUCAAGUUAUGAACCCUACCCCUAUCAAUUCGAUUGAACCCUUGACUAGUAGCAACUUUAAGAAAUGGAAGCGUGAUUUAGAGAUAGCUCUAGGUCUCUUAGAUCACGACAUAGCUUUAAGAGAAGAGAAACUAGUGCUCACUUAUGAGAGCACUGCUGAGCAAAGGCUAAAACUUGAGAGAUUGGAGAAGGCAAAUAGGAUAUGUCUGCUCAUAACGAAAAAGUCCAUGACUAAAGCCAUUUAUGGAGGCAUUCCUUAUUCUAAAAAUGCUAAGGAGUACUUGAAGGCAGUGGCUGAGAAGUUUAAAGAAUCAGAUAAGGCUGAAACUGGAAAUCUGAUGAAUAGGCUGGCUACUAUGAAGUACGAUCGUAUGGAAGAUAUGAGGGUGUAUCUUCUAGGCAUGGUAGAGACUGCCAGCAAGCUAAAGGCACUCAAUGUUCCUAUAGCCGAUCCUUUUCUCGUUCAUCUUGCUUUGAACUCUCUCCCUUCAUCAUAUGGACAACUUAAGGUAAUUUACAAUGCUCAAAAAGAUAAGUGGGAUCUCAAUGAGCUCAUAACCAUUUGUGUUCAAGAGAAGGCUCGGAUCAAGAAGGAAAAAUAA